AUGGAGACGAAGAUUCCAGCAAUAGAAGUAACGGCAACGAAGGUAUUGGUGAUUGAGAAUGCAGCUGAGGGUGCCUCAGCUUCUCCUGGGUUUGAUGCUGGACCGUUUGUUCCGGGUGCUGGUGGAGAAGAAGUGUUUGGGGUUGGUGAUGAAGGGGUUGCCGGAGAGGGUGCUGGAGAGGAAGUGGGUGAAGGAGAGGGUGCUGGAGAGGAAGUGGUUGAAGGAGAGGGUGCUGGUGAUGUGUUAGUGGAGGGUGAUGGAGCAGGUGCUGAAUUGGGUGAUAAUGAUUGUGUGGGUGCAGGCCCAGGAGCCUGUUGUGCUAUGCAUGAAGUAGCCAACAACCCCAAUAUCAAAAACACUUUGAUUGCAGCAGAACCCAUGUUGUUGUUAUAUAUAUGUUUUUUUGAAAGAGAAGAAUGUUGA